CUUUGACGUGCGGGCGCCUGCGCGAAGGAAGGCCGCGUCGGUGCUGGAACGAGUGGCCUACGGGAAAGCAGAGGCGGCGACGACCACGACGGCGUGUACCGUACUGCUCUGAAACCUAGACUUGGAGGUCUAGACUACACAAUUGAUAAUGACCGACACCAAGCGCCUCGCGUUCUCCAUUAUCCAGUUUCUACGUGACCAGCUCCAGGGUGGGGAUCUUUCCUCAGAUGCUCAGGAGAGCUUAGAGGUUGCUAUCCAAUGUUUGGAGACGGCAUUUGGUGUCUCCACAGAAAACGAGGCUCUCGCUGUAUCUCAAACCCUCCCAGAGAUUUUCGCAGCUGCUGUCAGUAAGGAGCCGCCUCAAGUGACUGUGAACUGCGAGCCCGAAUCUCCAACUGUUGAAGAACUCUCAAAAGCAGAGUUGCUAAAAACUGAGGGCAAUGAGCAAAUGAAAGUAGAAAAUUACCAAGGUGCUGUUGACUUCUAUUCAAAAGCUAUUGAACUAAAUCCUAAAAAUGCUGUUUAUUUUUGCAACCGGGCAGCAGCACUCAGUAAACUUGGAAACUAUGCUGGAGCUGUUCAAGAUUGUGAAAAGGCGAUUGCCUUCGAUCCAAGUUACAGCAAAGCCUAUGGAAGAAUGGGGUUGGCCUUGGUUAGUUUAAAUAAAUACAGCGAGGCUGUUAAUUACUAUAAAAAGGCUCUCGAGCUGGAUCCUGAGAACGAAUCGUACAAAGCGAACCUGGGCAUCGCAGAACAGAAGAUCAAAGAUGCUCCGAGUCCAACAGGAGGUAGCAGUGGGUUUGACCUGGCCGGUUUACUGAACAACCCGGGCUUCAUGAAUAUGGCAUCCAACCUGAUGCAGAACCCACAAGUCCAGCAGUUCUCUGGCAGAAUGUCUGGCAUGAUGUCUGGGUCCUAUGGGCCAGCGAUGGGAGGGGCUGGCCCAGGAGCCGGAGCUAAUGAUAUCGCUGGCCUUAUCCAAGCGGGACAGCAGUUUGCACAGCAGAUGCAGCAGCAGAACCCAGAACUGAUCGAACAGCUACGGAGUCAGAUUCGGAGCCGAACCCCUAGUGCCAGCAAUGAGGAGCAAUCCUAACAGCAGACCAGGGGUUGAAGGGACAGCUCGGACCCUCACCACAAUGACUGGAGGAUGUUCGUUCUUCAUUUUGCCUUCGGGAACUUGAAGUUAUGAUUUGUACUGUGACUUGCAUGUUCGGGCAGAACCUCCGAUCGAAGAACCAACAUUUUGUAAAUACAGAAUUAAAAAAACAAAACUGGGUUUUCAAAGCUUUUUUUAAAAAAAGCUACUAUCAACCUUUCAUGGAAUUUCUCUGUAUUAUGAGCUUUGUGAUUUCACCCCCCCAUUGUAAUUUUUAUUAGAAUGUUCAAAGGAGCAGAACAUCGCUAUGUCAUCUCUCCAGAAAUCUCCUCUUGUAAGAAUUUCUUUUUCAAAACUACAAAUUGAGAUAGUUUGAACCUCCUCUACUGUUACAGACAUAUCCCUCACCGUUUCACUUGCAUAGCAUUUAUUUUUCUGUUUUUGUAAAUGUAUUCAAGUACGAUGAGACAACAGAAGCCAUAUUUAAUCAAAUCCGGCUCACGCCAUGAAUUAAUUUAGCUGUCCUCUCAUCUGUAUCGCAGAACCGUGAGUAGAAGCUGGUGUGAGUGGAGAAGGGCCAAUUUGUAGUAUAAGGCUGAAUGGUAUUUGUUAACGUGUUUGUCGAAUCUUUGAGGGGAAAUGUCAGGACACCUAUUAACUGGAGAAGCAAGAACACCAGCACUAUAAAAGCCAGACGUGUGGUUUUGUAUUUGUAUUAAUUUGAAAAUUGUGUGAAAUACAGACUGUCCAUUACAGGAGAUGAAAACUAUUGGCAAACAAGCUAUCAUUGUUUAAAAUGUAAUCAUUCAGUUUGUCAUUGCAAUUCAACAAACAGCGAGUCCCAGCCGGGUGUUUUGGCCGUGUUUGGAAAGCAUUCUGGACGGUAGCUAACUGCACCUUGCACUGCCAAACCUCAUUUUUUCAUGCUAAAAAUGAGGGUUUUAAACCUAUUCUUUGAACUGUAGCAAAAAAGCUCGAAUUUAAUGUUUGGACUUUGUAUUCGUUCCCUAAUCAGAAAGCGAAGAGAGGACAGAAGAAAGUUAGAUGUUUUCCUGUUGUCAUGUGAGAUCUUUUCCCGUCAAGAACUCCCUUCCGUUAAAUGUUUGGGGGGGUGGGGGGGAGGACGAGUUAUUCCUAACCCUUUUGUGGUGGUGUUUUCAGUGUGCAUACUAACACAUGGAUUGUGCUGAAUGGGCUAACAUUGCCUUGGGGCAAAUGCAACUUAAAGAUUCAAGUAAGGCUUGGAUACUAAAAUAAUUUUGUAAUUUGCACAUUAAAAACAAAUUUUGCCCAGGGAGAGGAUGGAUCUGAUUAUUGUCCUAUGCGAGAUGCAGCCUUUCCAGCCUGUUAGACGUAACUAUGAGAGCAAGUUUGCAACACUUCAUAUUGAUGAAUAUUUUCAGUAGAUUGGUUUGAUCGGAGGAGAAGAGGUAGUUUUUCUGUUUAAAUAAAUGAACAUAAAUAUGUUGCAUCUCAACUAUUAUAGCAUAAUCCUUGUGACUGACAGCUGCUUUACUUAAGAUUUGAAUACAAAUGAAUUGCAAAGCCUUUAUACAUUUGUAUUUUAAAAUUGGUAGAUUCCAUGUUACAUCCACACAAGAACAACAAACAUUAAGUAACAUUUGUGAUGAGUCAAGGUCUCCUUGUGUAAAACAGUAAUGGAUACAGUUCUGUCCAGAAGCUUAUUCUGUGUGUGUAUGUAUAUAUGUAUAUGUGUGGAUGUAUUAUGCACAUUUUGGAUGUGGCUUCAAAUCUUAGUCCAAGGCACUUCCUCUUCCAGUGAGUGUUGCUGGAAACCAUUAGAUUGGGUUUGGAAAUGGCAGGCCAAAGCAUCGAUCAUACAGCAUACGAUUGCCCUAGUAGUCUGAAGGAGUGGGUAUUUCAGUAGGGCAGCCACUAGGCUUUCAUUUGGGGCGGCUGAAUAUUGGAGAACUCUCAAACCUAGGCUCAAGGCUGAAUGGAUUCACAAAACAUUAUCCUGAAUGUCCAUUACCAAGAGUGUGAAUCAUAGUGUGUUUUUCCCCAGCUUGGAGAUGUGGGUGAGUUUAUAUUGUGUUCCCAGUGAUACUCCAUGCUGGCAGGCAUGCAGUGAGAUUGAGUCAGCACCUGACCUGCUUGUAGUCUCUAUCCGCAGGAUUCCAGAGGUCUAUACAGUCAUUAAAUUCUUUAAACCUCAAAA